AUGGUAGCAGACAUGUGUUUCCUCUACAAGGAUACUCUUGUUAUAAAGCCUCCAAAGAAAUCACCAAUGUUAUUAAGGGUGGCAGUCUUAAUCUUUACAAUGUUAUGCGGCAUUUUUAUCUUCUCUGCAUGUCUAAAGCAGAUAAGCACUCAAGCAAGGAUUAAAUUUACGGAAUUGAAAGUCAUUGACAACCCUUCUCAAAGUAGAGUGAAGCUAACGAAUAUUCCUGACCCACUACAUUAUCCCAAACCUGUAUCCUUUAGCAGGAACGAGUGUGCUCAUAAUCCUGUACUAUUCUUUGCAAUAUUGUCAAAUCAGAGAUCAGGCAGUGGGUGGUUUGAGACCCUUUUAAAUAGCCACAUUAAUGUAAGCUCAAAUGGGGAGAUAUUUUCUGUUAGAGAGAGAAGGCAAAAUGCUUCUUCAAUUUUACAGACUUUAGAUAAAGUUUACAAUUUGGACUGGCUCAAUAGUGCUUCCAAGAAUGAAUGCUCAGCUGCAACUGGCUUAAAGUGGAUGCUUAAUCAGGGAUUAAUGGAGCACCGUGACGAAAUAGCAGAAUACUUCAACCGUAGAAGUGUUUCUGUUAUAUUUCUUUUCCGGAGAAACUUACUGCGCAGGAUGGUAUCCAUGCUAGCCAAUUCCUAUGAUCGUUACGCUAAGCUAUUGAAUGGAACGCACAAGUCUCAUGUUCACUCUGCAGAAGAGGCUGAUAUUCUUUCAAAGUACAAGCCCGUCAUAAAUUCUACAUCGUUGCUGAAUGACUUGAAGGAUAUGGAGAUGAGAGCCGCAAAGGCUUUAGAAUACUUCAACAGCACUCGGCAUAUGAUCCUGUACUAUGAGGAUCUUAUGAGUAAUCACACUAAGCUAAAAGAUGUGCAAGAGUUUUUAGGAUUGCCACCGAUGGAAUUAACAAGCCAUCAGGUUAAGAUACAUAGAGGACCAUUGUCAGACCACAUUCAGAACUGGGAUGAAGUUAACAAGACAUUGAAAGGAACCGUUUAUGAGAGUUUCCUUGAAGCUGACUAUUAGUCCUAGUCUCUUCUAACUGUAGGAAAAGGUGUAAAUACUAACUUCACGGAUCUUU